AAAUUAGAUUAUAAAAUGAACAUAAUAAUAAUAAUAAUAAUAAUAAUAAUAUGGUAUUCAUAGUCUACUUGAAUAUAUUUUCAGAUGACAACAAAAUUUGGAGAUAAAGAACAAAUUGUGCAUCAUCCAGUGACUUUUAAAUCUAAAUUCACUUUUAUUGGAUUACCUCAAUUGAAAGCCUAUUUUAUCAUGAAUUUAUACUUCCAAUUUAAAACUUCAGAAUCAAAUGGUUUGAUAUUAUAUAAUAAAGGUAAAGGACAAGAUUUCAUAGCAGUUGAAUUGGUCAAUGGCCAUCUCUACUGUAUUUUUAAUAUGGGUGAUGGACCUCGUAAAAUGAAAUCUAACACUAGAAACACACUUAAUGAUAAUGCUUGGCAUUCUGUUACAAUUAGUAGACUUUUACCAAAUCAACAUACAAUGAUGGUUGAUGAUGUUAUUACAACACUUACUAGCUCAGGAUCUAAUAUUCAUUUAGAUUUAGAUGAUUUAUUGUAUGUUGGUGGUGUUAGAAGAACAAUGUACAGUACACUUCCUCAACCAGUUCGCUCUCGGUAUGGAUUUGAAGGUUGUCUUGCAUCUGUCGAUAUGAUGGGAGAGACAAUUGAUCUUAUACAUGAUGCAAUAAUUCCAAGCACCUUAGUUUCAAAAGGAUGUGCAGGUAAAAAUUUAUUUUAAUUAAAAAUAAAAAUA